GAUCAGUGAUGUCAGCGCUCUUUGAACGCCGGUGCCAGCUGCGUGCAUGUGUGUCAUCACCUUGCACUGACAGAGAGCUCCGAUAUUUUGGGGAGGUGGAGAUCAUGCUUUGUCAUUGAGGAGCUCAGCAGCAGCAGCAGCGGCAUUCUCCCACUCCGGCACGUCCGACGCUCAGCAUGCUGCAUCCUGAUGCGCUCUCGUCUGCACGCUGUGGGGUUACCUGGAUUAACAUGCGUUUCCCGUUUACCGCUUUUACAUGACCGUCGGAUUGAAGCGGCCACGUAUCGUUGACGCAUCUCAAUGUUUGAACCGGGGGAGAGAGGCACGUCCCAAGUGUCAAAUAAGAAACGACCUGUCCUGCGGAUGCGCCGUCACUGUUUUGCCUCCAGUGGCACCCCAAGUGUAUGAGAUUCAUGAUUUAUCCCUCUGUUUUCACGGGCUACCCUUAGAGCGCAUUUCUUCUUCCUCAUUAAAAUGGAAAGAUUCCAGUCUUCCAUGCGCAAACGGCUCUACAGCUUGCCGCAAAACAUUGGGCAAAAACCAUUUGUGUUUGACGAAGGAGACAGCGGCGACAAGGACACUAAGAGGAAAAGUAUUCGGCUAAAACAUUUGUCCUCUCCGUCUCCUGCAAGCAGUUGCAAGAGCAUUGAGGAGGCCAGGAGCGAAGACUUGGAGAGGGACGUUACUGUGAAGACCAACUUGAACGGGGACUGUCGCUUAUUCAGGGGCAGCAUCUCUUCUAUCACCGGGCGUUAUCCUCCCGGGUCAGAUCCAGCGGAACAGCGGCGCCUCAUCCCCGAGGCUGACGCCGGUGUCAGCGAGAGUUUCCCCGGUGAGCACAGCCCCGGGGCCCAGCAGCGGGCAACGGGCGGUGUGAGUGGCGCAGUCGGGCAAGGGUCCGUGUUCGACCAGUCAAGUUUCAUCAAGUUGGAGGGCACGGAACAAAUAAUAGUACCUGAAGAUGACCGGCUGUACCAAGCCGGCUUCAUGCACCGGCAGUUUGGGGCGAUGCUCCAACCGGGUGUCAACAAGUUCUCCCUGCGGAUGUUGGGGAGUGAGAGGGCCGUGGAGCAUGAGAGGGAACGAGUAAAGUCUGCUGGCUUCUGGAUAAUCCACCCUUACAGUGAUUUUAGAUUCUACUGGGAUCUGACCAUGCUGCUGCUCAUGGUGGGGAACCUCAUCAUCAUCCCCGUGGGUAUCACCUUCUUCAAGGACGAGCACACGCCGCCCUGGAUCGUCUUCAACGUGGUGUCGGACACCUUCUUCCUCAUGGACUUGGUCCUCAAUUUUCGCACAGGCAUCGUGAAGGAGGACAACACAGAGAUCAUCCUGGACCCGCAGCAAAUCAAGAUCAAGUACCUGAAGAGCUGGUUUGUGGUGGACUUCAUCUCCUCCAUACCCGUGGACUACAUUUUUCUCAUUGUAGAGACGCGCAUCGACUCGGACUUUUACAAGACGGCCCGGGCCCUGAGGAUUGUCCGCUUCACCAAGAUCCUCAGUCUGCUGCGGCUGCUGCGUCUUUCCAGACUUAUCCGCUACAUCCAUCAGUGGGAAGAGGUUUUCCAUAUGACCUACGAUCUGGCCAGUGCCAUGGUUCGCAUCAUGAACCUGAUUGGCAUGAUGCUGCUGCUGUGUCACUGGGACGGCUGUCUGCAGUUCCUGGUACCCAUGCUGCAGGACUUCCCUCCUGACUGCUGGGUCACUAGAAACAAGAUGGUGAAUGACACGUGGGGUCAGCAGUACUCCUACGCCCUGUUCAAAGCCAUGAGUCAUAUGCUGUGCAUCGGGUAUGGUCUGUACCCCCCUAUCGGCAUGGCUGACGUGUGGCUCACCAUCCUCAGCAUGAUUGUGGGCGCUACCUGCUUUGCCAUGUUUGUGGGGCAUGCGACUGCACUCAUUCAGUCUCUGGACUCCUCUAGGAGGCAGUACCAGGAAAAGUAUAAACAAGUGGAACAGUACAUGUCCUUCCACAAGCUCCCAGCCGACAUGCGUCAGAGGAUCCAUGACUACUAUGAACACCGUUAUCAGGGCAAGAUGUUCGAUGAGGAAAGCAUUUUGGAGGAGCUGAAUGAACCGCUGCGAGAGGAGAUCAUCAACUUCAACUGUCGGAAACUGGUGGCCUCCAUGCCUCUGUUCGCCAAUGCUGAUCCAAACUUUGUGACCUCCAUGCUGACCAAAUUGCGCUUCGAGGUCUUCCAGCCAGGAGACUACAUCAUCAGAGAGGGAACCAUCGGCAAGAAGAUGUAUUUCAUCCAGCAUGGUGUCGUCAGCGUCCUGACGAAGAGCAGCAAAGACACCAAACUGUCUGAUGGCUCUUAUUUUGGAGAGAUUUGCCUGUUGACCCGCGGCAGGAGAACAGCCAGCGUGCGAGCAGAUAACUACUGUCGGCUGUAUUCUCUGUCAGUAGACAACUUCAAUGAGGUGCUGGAGGAGUAUCCCAUGAUGAGGAGAGCCUUUGAGACUGUGGCUCUUGACCGCCUGGACCGAAUCGGUAAGAGGAACUCUGUUCUUCAGCAUAAAGUCCAGCAUCACCAAAGUUCUGGCACACUAAACCUCCAAGAGAGUGAGAUCAUCCAAAGAAUAGUGCAGCAUGAUCGUGACAUGGCCCAAUGCACACAGCUGAUCCAGACCAGCACUGCACAGAGCCUAAACCCUCCUCCUGCUCCCCCAUCACCCACCCCGGUCAUCUGGGCCCCAUUGGUUCAGGCCCCGCUCCAGGCUGCUGCAGCCACCACCCCUCUGGCCCUGGCCUUAGCCCACCACUCCCAGCUUCCCCCCAUCCUCUUCCACCACCCUUUGGCCACAGGCUCUGGUUCUCUGAAGGACAACACCAGCCAUUCAAAGAGAGUCCACAUUGGAGCAAACACCUCCAGCAGCUGUGGUUCAGGGCCCGGUUCUCCCGCCAGCUCCACCAAAUUCCGUUCUGGGCUUGAGACCCCCACGCUGGCGUCCCUCAGGACACAGCAUCUCUCCACCAUUCCUGUGUCGCCCACACUGAUGUCCCAGCCAAUCUUCACCAGCAGCCUGCAGCCCCUCACCCCUCUGUCCACACACCAGCCCCCACCCCAUCCUCCUCACUCCGGCAUGGCCUCAGUCUUCCCCAUCAGCCAGGCCACCGUGUCCUAUACCUGCUCCGCUCAGCUCCACUCCCAGCCCUUCCAUGGUGCUAUGACCACCCCACCCCACCCGAUAGGCUUACUGCAGCAGGGGGCGCCGGGGAGACUAGCAGUGAGAUUCCCAGCCCCCUCCGCCUCCACCAUAAGCCCCCUGAUCUCUAGCUCAGUCGGCCCCAUACUAAGCCACCUGCAGCAGACCUCGCAUGCCACCCUGCAGCAGAUGGGGUCCAGUCAUGACAGAGUGGGCAGGACAUCCAGUGGUCCGAACCUCCCACAUUUUCCCUUCAUCACCAGCACCCAAUCCUCCAGUGGAUUUAUGCAGCCGAUGUCUGCGGUCGGAGCUGGAGCCGCUGCCUCUCUGGCCCAGCACAGCCUGGCAGGCCUCCAGUCUGUUUUCCUUCCCCAGGUUCUCCCUGAGCACUCGGCCCUCGCCUCCCUGGCCCAGUAUGGCUCAGCAGAGGCCUCGCCCUGCUACACGCCUCCGGUCCACAGUCCCAGCAUACAAAGCCCUGUGAAGGGAAGGACAGUUUACCACAGUGAGCUCCCCAGCACCACAAGUUCUCACAACCCUCUAACUCUUCAGACCUCAUGCCCUGCCAGGGUGGCCUGUACCCUCAAAGAGAGUGCCGAAUCCUCGGUGGAUCUCUUUACCCAGGAAAUAAAGACUAUCUCAGGCUCUCACAGCUCUAUACACCAGGAAAGGCCUUUGGCCAUGAGCGGCUCCUCAGAGGCGGGAGCAGCGGGGGUAUCGAGCCCCUUCUCCUCCCCCAUGGCUGUCAGUAAACCCUACACUCCGAUCCCGGGUCAAGCCACUCCUGUCAGUCGGACACAUUCAGGGCCUGAACCUCAGAACCAAUCCGUCGGUGUUCACUCUCCCAUUGCUAGACCCGCUAAGAUGUUAGAGACCGAACACAAACAGUCCAAACUUCCCUCCAACUUGUGAGGUUCAGACACACCCUCCUUUAAUGCCUGAACAAAAGGGAGAUCUCCUCCUUCCUGGCAUUGUUUUAACCACUACUUUGUCAAAUUUUGAAGUAGGAGGGUGUGUUAUUCUUAUCAGAUUGGAGAUCAGUAGUUUAAUUUUUAAUCAGAGUGAAUGGAUCAUGGAUAAUAAUGGACAAUGAUGGAUAUUUUUUUUUCUACAGGAUAUUGGUUCUUUGAAUAUAGUAAUAAAUAAAUGAUGGAUAUAUAUAGCACCUCAUGAAAAUAUCAAUUGUUCUAUGUAUUAUAUUAUAACCACACUCUGUGAUUUGUUAUAAGUAUUUUGUUUAAAACCCCAUUGUCCAGGCAAUUUUGUGUAACCUUUUAGUGACAACCGUUUAGUUGGAAUUUUGUCCACAACUGUAUCCGGUUAUGAUUGAAACCAAAAAUUAUUGUCCUUUUUUAAAAUCCUUUCCCACUACUGAGUGUGUCGUGUGAAUGCAAAGUUACCCCUUAAGAGAUUUGAGGAGAGACAGACUGUGCACUUUGCUCGUUUCAGAGAACUUCACGUAACUUUAAAGGUUUGACGAUGGCAUGUCUUCCAAGAUAGCGUUUCAGCAAUAUUGCACACCCAAAUGGGUCACACAAAUCAGAUCACUUUCAAAAACACUGAAGUAAUGAAUGUAACGUAAUGUUUGUCUGAGAGGGAGAAGUGGGAUGCAUUUUGAAUGUGUUGAACAGGAUGACAAUGAUGCUUACAUUUUCUUUCUCCUUUUUUUUUGGAGAAUAACCAGUUUCAGAGACAACAUACACGUUUUCCGUUCUGUCCCUCCACAGCUGCUCCGGCAUGUGGUGAGUCGCACAACUGAUGCCAACUCAUUUCAGUCUGACAAUAACUUUGGUACAGAACAUACACCUGAGCCAAGGUUUGUGUGCCACUAGCAUAGUAUGCAAUAAUCUGUGUGUUUUUUUUAUAGGUAUACAAAGGUACUGUGAAUUGAAGCACUUGAUGAGUGAGAUUCUGUUUUUAAUUAGAACAGAUUAAAACAAGGAAUUUAAAUAUUUUCCAAAAAGCAAUUGUGGAUAAUCAAACAUCCUGAAACCAGCGAUGCACUAAGAUUGAUGUGAAUGUUUCUUGCACCAGUCAAAGGGCUAAAAGCAGUUACUUGGGCAAAUGGUUAAUAAGAAACCCUGAUGGGUCAUAUUGCUGCAUAUUUACCUCUUUCAUUGUACAUUAUUUGAUUGUAAAAAUUUGACAUCUGUUGUUGUACAAUUGCUGCUUUGUGAUGCUAUGCUGAAUCAAUAAGACAUGUAUCACUGACUGCUUUUUUAAAAACCAGACUCUUGAAUCCUUCUACUUGUUAAUAAUAAGUUCAUGUGUUUAGAUGAUAUUUCUCUCUUUCUCUCUCUGGACCUGUGGCCGGUGAUGAACUGUAAGCAGCCAGCCGGUCAGCAGGUUGAACCGUUGGAGAGUCCUGUCCAGUGGCUUUAGCUGCCUGGUUACUGACCUGGAGGUCUGCUGUGACUCUGACCACCCCCCUCUCCCUCCCCUGAGGGAGGAGAGAUACUAUCAGUCACUAGCCAGUCACUGCCAAUGGGCUCGAUCAAUCCCUCAUUACUAUUCUCCCCCAACCCUGCAUCACCACACCACCUGCCAUGGGCAUCAGCUCGGACUGAGUGCGGUCAACUUAAAGGUGUGUAUAAGAGAGGGAGUGUCAGUCAUUCAUCUAUUUAUAUAUUUAUUUCUCAUUUUGCUGCCUUUUAACCACCAAAUCUGAUGAUUCCAUCACCCAUGUAUGUUAGGUAUAUUUUAUUUUAGCUAUUGAAUUCAGUGCAAUAAAAUGACAUAUGGUCAAUGAUGCUCAUCCUAGCUGUUGAUUUCUUUUUUAGAGGAGAGCAUGGCAUGAAGGAGAAUCUGAUAAAAACGCUGCAGAAGUUUCAGACUUUAAGCCGGAUUAUAAAUUGAGAACUGCCUGGUGUCGUUCGGUGCCAACAUUCAAAAUAGCCAGGAUUAUAAUCUGUCAGAUAUUUGAGUCGUCAACACAAAGAAAAUUAUCUGCCAUGUUCAUGGAGUGAUAACUGCUGGAUUAGAGAAUAAAUAUAGAUAUUUAAUUCGGGGCUACUGCAGGGUUUGAUUGAAAUGAGCUUUUUUUCUAUCAGAUGAAGUUUCCAGGUCCAUCCAAAGCAGAUAAAACUUGUAUUAUUCAUAUGUCAUUCAGGACAAACGGUGGACAGACCUGAUGUUCUCUGUCCUGUGUUAACUCCACCAGAUGAGCUAGUUUUUUGAAGAUUUUAUUAUUAUAUAAUAGCCUGAUGUAAUUUUUUCCAGUGAGGUGUUGCAGCUUUUAACUAAAUCCAAAAUUAAGCACUACACAUCUACAAUACUGAGGGAUUAAAAGUGAUGAAAGAUUGGAUGUCUGAUUUUCAUAGCGAUGCACGGUGUUCAGUAUUUAAUUUGAUAAUGUGGUAAGAAAUUAUAUAAAUGGAUAAAUAUGAAUAAAGUAAAUAUAAACAAAAUAUCUAAUAUGACCAUGAAAAUGCAAAAUAAUCAAUUUUUAAAGCUCAUUAUCACAAAAUUGUACUUUUCUUGCUUCUUUUCGCUGCUACAGUUUGUUUAUUAUUUCCAAUAAUUUUUAGUUUUUUCAAAAUGUCCUUUCUCCAAAAUGUAAAGAGCAGAGCCAGUGAUGUGAUUGACUUCCAAUAUGAGCAGUUAUACCAACUUUGUGAAAAUCUGCAUUUUUGAGUAGACUAAACUUAGUUCCGUUCAAUGAUCUUGUUAAGUGUUGGAACGCUCAGACCCUGAACCCUGACACAUUUUUUGUUGGCGCUUAAUUUCUCUUUUGUGUGGAUGUACACCAACUUGUAUUCAGAUGGGAUAGUCAAAUAAUGUAGUAGACUAAAAAAGUUAUUUUACUUAAAAUGAAGUAAAAGCUUGAGAACAGCAUAAAUAUAAUGAUACUCAAGUUCGAUACAAGUAGCUAAAAAUUGUACUCAAGCCAAGUACUUGAGUAAAUGUAUUCAGUUACUUUCCACCACUGAACAGAGGAGAAAAACACAGCUGACCCAGUAAUUCCUUUUAAUGGAUGGAUGCCAGAUCGAUUCACAAUGAUACAUUGUACUAACUGUCAGUUCUGCAUAAAACACAGGGGAAGACAGCACACAUCUGCAACUGUUCAUGGUACCUGGACAAUAAAAGAACCAAAAACUAAGGAAAUGACAAUAAGUGCGCUGCACAUAGACAAACACUCACUUCCACUGUGUUCACCAACAGAGUUUCCACUAAAAGGUUUUAAGU